CUCUUCUCUCAUUCAGGUAUCCAUUGGAUUGCAAUGACUACCUGGAUACUUCUACAAAAGACAGACUUCUGUACAUCAGUCUGGGAAGAACGAAUUUACAAUUGUGUAGUGGGCGUCAUUUACUGUUUCUGCUUCUUCAACCUCAAAAAUGGACCAUCACGAAAGAAGGCACUUAUAUUCUACUGCAUCACUAUUGCCCAGAACUUGGGCUGUCUGGGAUUGUUCAUUACAUUGGCUGGCUACACACGUCCUGUUCUUGCACAAGCAGGUGCUGGAACUAUUCUUGGAGGCACUGUGUUAGGUUUGGCCAGUAUGCUUCUUUAUUAUCGAUACUUUCAUCCUAUUGUGCCUGUGGCUCUUUGCCGACAGCAAGUAGGAGGAACUUCUGUAGGUGAAACUUGUACCACAGUUUUGCCAGGGGAAGAUCCUGGCUACAGAUCCCUUAAAGGACGUGGAACAUUGGAUCAUGGGGAUGCACCACAAAGGCUUAACAAUGCCACUCAUGAAGAUUCAACUAAUGUUGAUGAUUCAUGCACUGACAAGAAACUUCUGUUGAAUCAUUGGGUAUCUUGCCCAACUACUACUCCUAGUGAAAGUGUAAAAACUGAUAUAGAAAUACCAAGUGUUAAAGAAGAUUUUAAUGUAAAUAGUGAAAGCUCUUCUACACUUCCCAACAGUGAUGAUAUUCGAAAGCAGAAGCGAAGGGGGAUAUGUUCCUCCGAAGCGUUGGAAUUAGAACUUGAAGAUUCAAAAGAAAUAAGCAUAAUAAGUCAUAAAGAUAUAAUGUUAGAUUGUGAUGAAAGACAUAAACGAAGAGGAAUAUGUUCUCUUGAGUCAGAAUUGGAGUUGGAUCUUGAAAUGGUCCUGCCUGGAAUGGAUUCUGAUAUUACUCUGCCAUGUGCAAAGGAUGUUGACUGCAGUGAUGAGAUACGAAAGCAGAAACGCCGAGGUAUACUCUCCUCUGCUGAUUUGUGUCUUGAGUUAGAAGAAGAUGCUAAAAAUAUUAUUAAUACUGAAAACAAACAUGUAGUAGUUAAUUUAGAUGCCGUAGAUGGAAAAGAAAGUACUUUCAGUGAUAGUGAUUUUAAGUGUGAUCUAAUGAAAGGACCUUCAACUCAAGGUUUAAAGACCACAGACUUGCGUUUAGUUGCAAAUGAAGAGGCUGUCAGUGAAGUUCUCUCUGCACCAAGUGAAGUACUAUCUGCUCAUGAUUAUGAAAAUAUUUGUGCUGUAAACAUUGCUCGUGAAGCUUGGGGGUUGCGAUCAUGGCGUGGCUAUUCAGACAUUGAAACAUGGUUGCAUGAUGAUAGUGUUGUGCGCGAUCGAAGGAGAGACACACUGACUAGUACUGUGACCACAAUCACAUCAGCAUCAUCUGAACAGAGUGCUGCCAGUGGUGAACGUGGUUCUACUCCUCCACCUCUGCCCAGCCGAAGACCUCGCACCACCCGCUCUCGUCAAGAUGAUUAUUUGGACACCCUUGCUGACGAUCUUGCUGCUUGUGAUCGCCCCUUAGCUGAAUUUACUGCUGAACCAGAAAUAGACCCAAAUCUGUAUAUGGCUCGACCAUAUUUAAUUGAUCAACAUGGCACCUUAUUUCCUCUUACAACCCUGGAUACUAUUAUGGAGGAAAUAGAAGAGACUAGUACUGAUACAAGUGACUCUGUUAGAUAUUGGCACAAGCAUGGAUCUGCUAGUACUUUGGUGGCCACAAUUGAUGAAAUACGAGGAAAUUCUAUUUGUAAUUUAUACAAUUCUUCAGAAGUACUGUGGGGUGCGUGUGGAAAUCCUUCAUUGAAUGUUUUGAAUGAGCAAAAUGGUUCUCUGUGUGAAAAUAACAUGGGCCAUCAUGCUUAUGAAAAUGCUUAUUCAGGGGGGUCAUUUUCUCACCUUUCUCCUGAAGAAGUUCUUUUUCUCUCAAAACUUAAACCAUCAGAUUCUGUUCUGGUAGGUAGUCCAGGAAAUAAGCUUGAUCAUAGUAAUGAUUCAACUUCAUUUGAAAUGAGUGUGGGCUUUUCUUGUAAUAAUGAUGUAACAGAAAAUAUGUUUGCUGAUACAAUGCCUCUUGCAUUCAAAAACAAUUUUGACAUAAAAAAGUCAGACAGUAAAGCACAUAGGAAAUUUUUAUCUCUUCAGGAGAAAUUUGAAACAAAACAAAGUGAUAAUUCAAAGACUAAAAAAGGUAAAGUUAACUUUGGAUUUGAAUCCAGUCCUGAGACUAUGGAUAACGAAUCAAAUUCACAGACAUUUGCAGGAUCAACGGAAGCUCUUGUACCUGUCAGUAAUUCAAAUGAAACACCUGCAGUUAUUCAUAGGAUACAUCAAUGGAAUAAUUUUUUGAAAUCUCAGAAUAAUCGGUCGGAUUCCAGUCGAUCUAGUUCAUUAGCUCAAAAUUGUGAUGUUAAUCAGAUUGGUAGCAAACCAAAUAUGUCAAGCCUAAAAGAAAGAAGAACAAUGUUUCUCAAGCAAGUCCUUUCUCCACCUCGCUUCCAGAACUGGUCCAAAAAAAGUACUUCCUCAAUAGGACCAGUGCAAUUACGUGCGUCGUAAAUGAAUUGCACAGAAUUCAUAAUGCUCAAAAGACAUAACAGUUUUAAGGCAUUACUUUUUCAUUGACAAAGACUGGAGUGUUACCUUUUUGUUGUCUCUUGCAAUAUAGAGCAUCCGUGAGGCAGACAUUUUAUGUUGUCUGUCUUUUGCAAAGAGUAUUUUGGAUGCUUUUAAUUAUUAUUAGUUCCUAGUCAUAAUUUGUGUUCUCUCCCUUUUCUUGUGAGGAGACAAUAUUUUAUGAAAACCAUGCAGUUGUUUUCUUUAAAAGUAAGAUACUCUUAGUAUUGUGCCAUAGAGAGGUAGAGAAAAUUAAAACAAAUUGUAAGAAUGUGUAUUCUUACUAAAAACAUGCUUUUAAACCUUCCCUGCAUAAUGCAGUCAGACAACGAAUGAGAUUUUCCUUGUAAAUAAGUUGCUUUAAUAUAUGCUCUUGUAUUUUGUGAUAUUGAUAUAAGCUUGCAUGUCAGAGAAAGUUCUGUUUCCCUGUUAACAUACUGAAAUAUUUUAUUAAAGAAUUUACAAAAUAGAAGAAAUUAUUAAACGUGUUUGUAGAAAUAUUUGAUAUGUAAAUAGAGUGAAAAGUGUAGAAAUGUACCAUGUUUGUAAGAUAUAGUUUAUAUGAAUUUUUAACUUUUUAUCCAUUUUACUAAUAAAUUUUAUCUAUUUUUUAAAUAUGUGUGUAUUUGAUUGUGUUUACAAAAUGUCUGUCCCAUAAGUUCAAAGUAUUCAUU